AUGGCUCCCCAAGACGUAACCCCUGAGCGCCUCCCCGCAUUCAAUCCUCCAGGCUGGCCGUUUGUCGACGAUAAUUUGAAUGCCAAACAGAAGGCAGCGUGGUCGAAGCAAGUGUCGACCUGGAUGCAAAGCCAGAUAACGGCUAAGGAUCCGGACGAUGGUUCACCAUUGACAGGCGGUGGGGGGGUCCUCCGAACUCCGCUCAAGCAGUUCUUCAACGGCACCGUCACUCCUUACAUAACGACACAACCUCCUACAACCGUCUCUUGGAAUGCAUUCCCUGGACUUAUCGCAAGACAAGACCCCAACAACCGUUGGCUAAAGGUCGAAGGCCACCGAGAUCUCAUGGACGAGUAUCUGGAGUGGACCACAAAAAUUGACUCCAAUAAAAGGGUCCAAUACAUUGUUUUCACCUGUGAAGGCUUUGAGUACUUCUCCUUCCUGGGACGCGAGAACCCAUACGGUCUGGUCGACCUGUACAGAAAAUCGAAUCCUGAUUUCGCUGAUCAGAUCAAGAAGGAGGACUUGCUUGACAAGGAUGGCAAAUAUCAACCGUACAACAAGUGGAAUGGAGUACUCGCCAACAUUCCGGGCCAACCGGAGACAGGCCUUACGUCAGUGAAUCCCGGAUCUAUUAUGCAUCUUGCUCAAGUGAACAACACUCUAAGUGCAGAGGUCGAUAUCGCCGGACAAGCCACCGUCCUCCGCAAGAACCCGGACGGCCAGCCCAUUACGGACCAAACCACGCUUUGCAACUGUUCCAAGUAUGGGAACGCAUACCGGAACUCGGAUCCCACGAUUGGCAUUGGCGUCAACACACUCGCCCGGAACGGUAACCUCAUCUCGGUCGCCGACCCCGUGGCGAUCUACAUGGUGGAAUUCAACACAGCCAACUUCCGGCUCGACGUCGACGGCAGUUCCCAGGAUCUGCAGGAUAUCCCGGACGGCACCUUCACCUGGGUGCGGGGCGACAUCAACAAGAAGAUGGGUCUUCGUCUCAAGGUCGAAAUCCCGAAAGGUACCAUGGGUACAGGCCAGAAUGAAGGCCGGGAGUUAACCGUCAGCGAUAUCUUCGACACCAACACUAGCAAAUACAUCGAGUUUGGCGGCCAGUUUGCCGACUAUGUCACCAUGGGUGUCAGCGCCGUGGUUAUCAAGGGCGACAACGCUGCCCCGGCGGAAUUCUGCCCAGCGGUUCCCAAACCCAAAGAUGGUGACCACGAAGGCAUUGAUGGUCUUGCUGUGGGUGCUGGCCCUAAGAAAACCCCGCAGGGUCUCCAUACUGCCCGGAGGCUGUAA